CAAAUCUCCUUAUUUUUCGUGUUUAUGAAUCUCUAAGUCGAAAUGAUCGAUUUGAGAGUUUUUCAGCAUAAAAACAACUAUCACUAGAGCGAGUUUUAGGUGCAUGUACAAUAUAAGGUUGAGAUCUUAUAUAAACUUUUUCCAUUAUUCCUGUGCGAAGAUUUAGUCUUGGAAAAUCAAACAAACCAUUUUAAACUGGAUUUUGAAUUUUUACCCCAAGGACCAUGCACGUUUGCUUACAUUCAGUGCCUUAGCCAGCGUGAGUUCAAACUACCAUUUCUGCAGAAAACACCGAAUUGCUUUGAGGAUUAUACAACAUUAAAAGCAAACAAACACCCAGAGAGAGAAGCAGGGUUUCAAUGAAGCAGGGGUUCGAGAUAGAGGCGAGGAACAUCUGCUACCAAGUCGACAUAACCAAAUCAAGCUCCAAAUUCAGAGACUACCAAGAAACGCAAGAAGGAGGAGACGACCACCUUGAAAAGAAUGCAGAAGAAGGUGAAAUCAAGCAUGAAAUUAAGAAACAGAGAAGCACAAGGCAAGUCUUAAACAAUGUAAGCUGCAGAGCAAAGCCAUGGGAGCUGCUCGCCAUCGUAGGCCCAAGUGGUGCCGGAAAAUCCACUCUCUUAGAGAUCCUUGCAGGCCGGAGAACCCCCAGCAAAGCCACAUGCUCUCUCCUUGUAAACCAAAAGCCCGUAGUACCCGCACAUUUCAGGAAAAUCUCAGGCUUUGUUCCUCAAAAGGACACCCUCUUCCCUCUUCUUACUGUUGAGGAGACUCUCAUGUUCAGUGCUGGCAUCCGCCUCUCUCUCUCUAACUCCGAGAGGUACUCGAAAGUUGUCUCUCUCCUCCAAGAGCUUGGCCUCUACCAUGUUGCCAAGACAAGAGUUGGGAACGAGAACAUUCGAGGAAUCUCAGGAGGAGAGAGAAGGAGGGUGUCAAUUGGGGUCGAUGUUAUACACGACCCGGCUGUGCUCCUCCUGGAUGAGCCAACAUCGGGUCUUGACAGCAAUGCUGCCCUCCAAAUCAUAGACAUGCUAAAGUCUAUGGCUGAGCUCAGGGGUAGAACAGUGAUUCUCAGCAUUCACCAACCAGGUUUCCGAAUCAUCAAGCUCUUUAACUCCAUUCUCAUGCUUGCCAAUGGCUCGGUCUACUAUCAGGGCACCACAGAGCAGCUUCAGUCCCAUAUGAUGUCCUUAGGCCUCGGAAUUCCCCUCCAUGUAAAUAUCCUUGAGUUUGCGAUCGAGGCCAUUGACAAGCUCAAGCCACUUGAGUUUAGGGACAGAGACGAUGAAGAAGCAGAUGAGAAGAGGGUCACUUUGCAACAGCUGUUUCAGUCUACAAAAGUCAUAGAGAGAGGUUCCGAUGAAUUCCUCAAAUUGGGUUUUGCCAAUUCAAGGGUGGGAGAGAUUUGGAUACUUGCAAUGAGAUUUUCGAAAAACAUAUUCAGAACCAAGGAGCUCUUUGCCAUGAGAACCCUUCAAAUGCUUAUAGCAGGUCUUGUGUUAGGAUCCAUCUUUCCCAAUUUAAGAGAGGAUCGAACCGGUGCAGAAGAGCGGGUGGGUCUUUUUGCAUUCGUUCUCACUUUCUUACUCUCUUCAACAACAGAGGCUCUGCCAAUUUUCUUGCAGGAGAGAGAGAUCUUGAUGAAGGAAACCUCUUGUGGGAGCUACAGAAUCUCUUCUUACUCUGUCGCGAAUGCUCUGGUUUUCCUGCCUUUUCUCCUGAUCCUUGCCCUUCUGUUCUCGACCCCCCUGUACUGGAUGGUGGGUUUGAGCAAGAGCAUGUCAUCUUUUCUGUUCUUUGUGUUAAUAGUCUGGCUCAUACUCUACACUGCCAACUCUGUAGUAGUUUGCUUCAGUGCUCUGGUUCCCAAUUUCAUCAUUGGGAACUCUGUUAUAUCAGGGGUUAUGGGGUUUUUCUUCCUCUUUUCUGGGUAUUUUAUAUCAAAGAAUGGGAUACCCAGAUACUGGCUCUUCAUGCACUACAUUUCUCUAUUCAAGUACCCCUUCGAGGGUUUUCUGAUAAACGAGUUCUCUUCGGUUAAACAUAAGUGUUUGGAGUACGAAUUUGGAGAAUGUCUAUUAAGUGGGAAGGAUUUGCUGAGAGAAGAAGGGUUGGAGGAUUGCAACAGAUGGAGUAGUGUGGGGAUCAUGGUCUGCAUCAUCUUGGCCUACAGAUUCAUUUCUUUUCUGAUUCUUCAAUUCAGGUGCUCCCUCUCAGAUAGGAGUAAGAGUUUCAUGUAAUGAAUUCUAAUUGUAGAUAAGUACAAUGUUGAUGAUGUUUUCAUUCUCUACCUAAAUGUAAACACUUUUCAAGGGAGGUUAGAACAUCUGAAAGAAAAGAAAAUCACAGAAAAAGCAAUCCCCAUUUAGGAGAAGAAAAAAGAAAGUUCUGCGAUCCAGCUGCGUUAGUAAAUUUUCUAAAAUGACUGAGAUUGCAUCAAAUAUUCAUGGUGCUAAUACAAUUAAAUAGAUUAUUGUUUUGUGUGUUGAACCUGUUGCGAAUAAUAAUGCCCCACCUCAUUUGUGAAGCCAUAUGUGAAAACAAGCAAUCCCUGCAUUAUUUUACCAAC